CAACAAUACAAAAGAAACAGUAGGGGCUAACAACAAAAUACACCCCCAUUUCCUUUCCUUCUCCGUUCCGGAGAGAGAGAGAGAGAGAGAGAGAGAUCAACAGAAAUGGCGGGGAGACAGAGAGCAGUGCAAACACUGCCGACUCUAAUGCGAGCCCUCAGAAAAGAGAUCCCAAAGCCACCACCGAGUCAACAGCGGUUGCCAUCGCUGCGGCGCGCUUUCUCUCUCUACGACCAGAUCAACCUCAUCGACAACGUCCCCGAAGACCAGCUACGCUUCCAAGGGUAUACCGAUGAGGGGUUUACGGUGAACGGGGUUACCUACGAAGGUAGCGUGCUUUGCGUUGGAAACUUGAUAACCUCUUGGAGCCCCAAGAAAUUCGCAGAGAUCACUGCAGAUAGCUUGUCUAUGUUCCAAAUUGUGCGCCCCAUACCAGAAAUUUUGAUUCUUGGCUGUGGGAGGUAUAUACAACAAGUAGAUCCUGAGCUCCGGCGCUUCAUUCGGUCAACUGGCAUGAAGCUAGAAGCUCUUGACUCGAGAAACGCUGCAUCAACAUAUAACAUACUGAACGAGGAAGGUAGGAUUGUAGCUGCUGCAUUUAUCCCAUACGGAGUUUCUUCUUGAAGCGUGGACAGCAGAUCAGAUGUUUCUUGGUCAUGUGUUUUGCCAGAAGUGCAGUUUGGCUCCCCUUCCGUCUUUGGUGAAUGGUGACCAAUCUGGUUUUGGUUCUGGAUUUGUAGAUGGAUUAAAUUUGAGAUGUUAUGUUUAUUACUAUGUUGUAGGCAUUUUUGUGCAAAACAUCAGGGAAGUUUCGUUAAAUGAAGACCUGGACAAAAGUUACAAACUGUAAUUUUCCUCUUAUCAGAUUUUGCUCUGAAUAAUGGUUUCAUGCA